AUGCCUCUUCGAGAAAGGGUAGCUGUGCUCAUUGAUGGCCCAGCUGUAGUACAUCGUUGGUACCACCGAUGGAGUUACACCCAACAAAAGCAAGGAACUGAUAUUGAUCCUAAAAUAUUUGCCAUCAGGAACGCGCGCUAUAUCAUCGCGGCUGCGCAUAGCUUCGAUCCUACACAUCUUUCACAGCAUCUCCUCUCCCCACAAAUUGACUACACGCGCACGCCCAAACACAAUAAGAUAAUCGUAUUCUUUGACAACGGAGAUGGUGGUCGUCGGAGUGUUUGCGAAGAAUACAAAAGGAACCGAGCUGCGUUGAAGAGGACGCCUGAGCUGCUACUGAUCGAGAAGGUUGUCAAAAAAGUCUUACAGGAGGAGCCUAAAGAGACGGCGUUGGUGGUUCCCGGUAACAAUGCAGACUUGAAGAUAGUCAAUGCUGAGGCUGACGACAUGAUCGCCACCGUCGCUUUGCACAAUCAAAAGCUGAAGUUACCAACCGUGGUGAUAUCACACGAUUACGACCUUUACCAGCUCAUCGAUGAAUCCAAAAAGAGCUACCAUUACGACAUCCGCACGAAGCAUUUGAUUUCGGAGAAGACUGUGAUGAAUCGCAUAGGGGUUCCUCCAAAGCUGGUGCGGGACUUCAAGGCAAUUGCGGGAGAUGUGUCGGAUAAUAUUCCUGGAAUCAAAGGCAUAGGGAAGAUCCGCGCACGUCAACUGCUGUGCAAGUACGGUGAUUUGCAGGGGGUGCUUUCGAAGGGAGUCAAGGAGCAAAGUGGUCGGGUUGGAGAGAUUCUCCGUGAAGGUGCCAAGGAGGCACUUUUAUCUAAAAGUCUGGUUGACUUUAGGAUGUGUCCCAAGGUGUUGAAAGCAUGCGAAAAGUUUAUGAAGCUGUAG